AUGCUUGCAAGGGUUAAAAUCCUCAUUGUUGAAGAGGCUCCUUCUUCUGUGGAUCUGGAAACCGAGCACUUGGUCCAACAGGUCAUCGGCACUGUACUAUUCCUCAGUCAUAACCCAUUCAGCGUCAUGCACAUGGACAGUAACAGGUGUUGGUGUUGAACAUGCUGUGAAGUUUGAUGGUACUUCCACUUUCAUCCAGCAGGGGUCGGUGGUCAGUCAAUAAGAGAUAGCAGAUUUGAAAACACUGUCUUUCAAAGCAUCAGUGCAAAUAUGAGGGUGGCUUUCUUGGUCUUGUGUGUGAUGUGGCUGUCCUCAUGUGAGGGCCGCAAACUAUCUCGAUGCUCUGUUGCCCGUAUCUUCAAGGAUCAGGGACUGGAUGGCUUUGAGGGAUUCUCACUUGGCAACUAUGUGUGCACUGCCUACUGGGAAAGCAAGUACAAGACCCACAGAGUGCGCUCGGCUGAUACUGGGAAAGACUAUGGGAUUUUCCAGAUUAACAGUUUUAAAUGGUGUGAUGAUGGCACACCAGAUGGAAGGAACCUGUGCAAAAUACCCUGCACAGAUUUGCUCAAGGAUGACCUGAAAGCUUCGGUUGAGUGUGCAAAGAAAAUUGUGAAAACAGGAGGACUGAAAUCAUGGGAUACCUGGGACAGUUAUUGUAAUGGCCGUAAUAUGAAACGCUGGGUGAAAGGUUGUGAUGUGCACUAACAAGACCUGAAACCUCUUAAUUUGCUAUAAUGCCCGCAGAGUGUGUAAUACAUGCAUUUUUGCCCCUUGGCUGAUUUUUCAAAACUAAAUUGUUGUCAUUGGGAUUUGUAACCUUGCAUUUUACAAGUUUUGAGAUGUACAUUAAAGCAUCUUCCCAAGUUCUA